GUAUCAACUGUACGGCCUGGAUUAAACGAGGAAGCGGACGUUGAGAACAGACGGAGCUAACUAAGCUAGCUGGGACCAGCAGCCGUGAACAAACAAAACAACUGCUUUAUCCACCGGGUUGACAACCCGACAGGUUUAUGUCCCGCAUUGUUCUGAUAGGAGAGUGUUCAUGCAGGAGGGCAGGUCGCUGUCAUGUUGACCGGGCCGGUUGAAUUUGGAGGCUCUUCCUUCCUCCGGGCUGAUGAUGAUGUCGGCGGGACUCGCUAGUUACGCCUGAGCUGUUCACAGCGCUGCUGCUGCUGCUGCUGCUGCUUCACAAGUUGCCUGCUGUUGGACACUCAGCUCGGGGAAGGACGAUGCACAGCGUGUCCCAGGACCCCUCGCAGGGUGCAGGGGAAGGGGGAGAGCUGGUACACACAUUAUCUAAAGAGACCCCAGGCUCCCCAGAUGCCUCUGAGUUGGGGAGCCCACGGUGCACACAACACUUUGACCUCUUCAACAUGGUUGUGUCCUAUAAGAGAUUGGCUCUGUUUCUAGAACCAGUUGCAGAUACAGUGGAGCUCACCCGCUUCCUGCUCGGAUGGAAGAUGCCCACGUGCUCUCUGCUUGCCUGUGUAUUCCUGAAUGUCUUCUUCUGCACUGUUAAUGAGGUGGGUUGGUUCACAGUGGGUGUGGUGGCACUGUGUGUGCCUGCUGCCCUGGGUUACUGGCAGGACAGGUGUCGAAGCAGAGCCUCAGAAGCUGAGCUCCAGAAGAGGCGUUACCAUGCUGUGUACCGAAGAGACCUGCAGACUGUUCAUCUCACCAAGCAGGAGGCCAUGCUGGAAGUCAAAGACCUGUUGAAGCAUCUGGAUGAUAUGCUUUCGUCUGCCUGCCUGUCAGCAGAAGCUAUUUACAAGGUCCUGUACUGGGAUAAUCACACCAAGUCGUCAAGGUUCUAUGGAGGGAUGUUAAUAUUGAUGUGUCUGCUCUACAUCGCUCCUGUGGGCUGGGUGCUCGCUGGGCUCAACAGCACCAUCUUCCUCUGGAACAGAGACUUCUGCAGAGUGUUGUUGGACCUCCGGAAGCUGUUUCAAUUAGGCCAGACCCAAGCCACAGAGGGGGCGUGUGAAGAACAGGAGCAGGGCAACUUGUUGGACAGGACCCCCACACCAACUAGUGUGGAGGACCUGUCUCCUGGCAGUGUGGAGGAAGCUGAGGAGGCAGAGCCUGAUGACGAAUUCAAGGAUGCCAUUGAGGAGCACUCAGUGUCCCUGCAGGAAACCCCUUUGGUUUUAGUGGACGAUGAUGACGGGCCUCUCGGAGCCCCGGAGUAUGACACCAUCUCUGAAAAUGGACUCCUGAGCCGCAACGAACCGAUACGCAGCAAAGUGUCCAAACUGACAGAGAAACUGCGUAAACGCUACCCCACAACCAGCACAGGCAACUGUUCGAGCUGCAGUGCCGUCUUCUCAGUGCUGAAGAAAAGGAGGAACUGCAGUAACUGUGGCAACAGCUUCUGUUCCCGAUGCUGCUCCUUCAAGGUGCUGAGGUCAUGCAUGGGGGCAACAGCUCCAGAGGCCCAGAGAGAGACCGUGUUUGUUUGUGCUGCCUGCAAUUCUGUACUUAUCAAGCUAUAAUGAGAUGGCAGACCAGUCUUGUCUCCCAUUGGCCAGCUGGAGGUCAUUCACUGUUCGCGCCCGAGCCAUACUCCAAGUUACUGAAACCAUAACAAAUGCCUUGGUUUUCAAGUGAAGCACUUCUAUGUGUCAAGAUUCCUCCCAUGUUGAACUCGGAGAACCUUCUAUGUCUUUACCAGUUGCACCCUUCCUUAGCUACUCGUGUUGCUUGUGGGACUUUUAUUGUGAUAUGUUUAAUAUCAAGUUUCAACUCUCAAUGAAGAACUGGACCCUAUGAAUCAAUGAGACUUUCUACAGAGCACAAUGGCUUCAGAAACAAAGGACUUUUUCCCUUUGCUGAGCAAAGGGAACUGCAAAGCAUUCUGGGUGGAGGCCAGGAUUGGGCUGGUGGUGUCAGGUGUGUGUCGCCUCACAGUUGAUUUCACUUGAAUGUUGAUAUCUUCAGCCCUGUGUAGCAGUUUAACUGUACUGUAAUGGUGAGAGGACUUUUGCAUACGAACAAGACUAAGGGCAGCGCUGUAAAAAUUUGGCAUUUUUUCAGAUUUCUGAUGAAUGUGAUGGUGUGAGGAAGAGCUGGCAGUGGGAAUUUGGUUAGAUGAACAAAAUAAUGAAGCUCUACAUUUGGCUUUGAUUGCCACAGUGUACACCGGUCGGAGUCAAACUUGUCAAAGUAUUUUCCAGUCUUGUUUGCCAUCUGACAGUCACCUUUGACCUGAAGAUGGUCAGCAGUGUCACAUGAUUAGUUCUAGCUUUGUCCAAGUCUUUGGGGACUCUGUUUUUACUUUUCUGUCUCCUGCCGCUGCAGCCUACAUGCUCCUCUUGUUAGUAUGCUCAUUACUUACCAGAUAUCAAGAUGGUAAACAUACAGGCAUUUGCCCAGAAGACCUUAUUCAAGAGCAUUUUGAGCUAAUCUUGAUUUUAAGUGCAGUUCUGCUGCUAACAUCGCAGAAAACUCAUUCACUUUAGUUUUGCUUUUUAAAAUGGUGUGCCUACCAGCAAGAGGAGCUUACAAGACAUAAGGGGAGCUGACGUGACCUGCCAUAAAACAACGAUAACCCUGUGGCAGUAAACUGAAAAUGUGUGACCUGCAGUUAUUGUAUUCUGCAAGGUGGCGAACAAGGCUUUGUAAACAUUUUGCCAAGUUUCUUUAGUGGACUAGCAUGGUCUUGUAAUGAUCAAAUUGGUGCUUCAUUUUGAUCAUCAUUUUUCCAGCAUAGAUAAGUCAGGUAGGUUUUUUGGGGGUAUAGCCUACUGGUAAAAAUAAAUACAUAAAUAAAUAAAUAAAUAAAGCUGCUAGCCUGUGAUUUUCCUCUGACCGAUUCCUGGUCGACCCAGCUGAUUAGACCGAACAGCCAGCUGAAAUUGCCAUCAGAGCCUCACACUCUUGCAAGCAGGACUUAAAAGAAUUCAUGUGAAGGCCUUCUAACCCAAAAUGUGGAUCUCGGUGGUAAAGUUGUUUUAAUCAUGAUUCAGACACAGAUGAUUGUAAUUGUUUCCUUUGCUUUUAUUGUAAUCAUGUAACUGUCACUAUAAAUUGUUCUACUGUAAUAACCUAAUAUAUUUAAUUUAAAACCCCACAAAGUGCAAGUUAUUAUUUGACCUAAUAACUCAUUCUGUAUAUAUCGUCCUUGUUUUAUGGAUGAGCUCUGCCGUUAUUGAAAUAAACUCUGUGAUGAUUUUA